AUGAAGCCAUUCGUAGAACCAAGAAAAGGCAAAAGACUUUCUGUGUCUAUCAUAGCAAAUGUUACCGCUGAGUCAAUUGAAUUUUGCGCAUCAAUAUGUUUGAAGAGGUCAGCUUGCCAAUCGUUCAAUUACCAUAGAAAUGCCAGUACGCAUCAAUGUCAACUCAACGAAUUCGAUCAUGAAAAUAACGCAAGGGACGAUCCAAAUUAUAUGUACAGCUCAAUUUACGACUGGAACCCGCUCAUGGUAUACAGCUGCGCUAAUCAUAGUUGUUCUGAAGAUAGUUUUUGUCUACCAACAUUAACUCAGACCUACACGUGUCUACACUUAGAUAUUCGAUGCGGCUCACCAAAAUCCAUUGAAGGUACCAAUGACAUCCAAUGGCCGUACCCUAUACAAUACAAAAGUAAGAUCAAAUAUCAGUGUAAGCCGGGUUACAAAUAUUUGAAUGGGGAUUCAACUUCAGUUUGCCAGCUCAAUAGGACAUGGUCGGAACCAAGCAUUAACUGUACGAAAAUAAUCUGCGGAAUUCCACCAAACAUAUCAAAUACUGACUUAAAAAAUUACACAGGAAAUGACUACGGCAGUACGGCAUAUUAUGAAUGCACAGCAGGUUAUAAAAGUUUGGAGGUUAUUGGCGAAUCUCGAUGCAUCGCGAAUGGAACAUGGACAGAGCCUGAUAUUAAUUGCACAGAAAUCAGUUGUGGACCUCCUCCGUCUUCUUCUACGGCUAAAGUAAGUUCUCUCACCGGAACAUCGAUUGGCGACAUUGCUGUGUAUUCUUGCCUUAGAGAUAGCAUCUUGAAAUCUAAUAGAAAUUUUUCAGUCUGUACAAGUGCUGCGGUUUGGUCAAAACCUGUGGAAUGUGGGAGUUGUGGAAAUGAGAAGAACAUUACUUACCAAGGAAGACAAGUGUGCUACGUAAAAUCGCAAUAUAAACAGGCGUAUCAUUUAAUACGCAACAUGCUGAUUGCGUCCGAAAAACCCAUCAUUGACAUCUUUAAGAAGCAAGCAAUGAUCCUUCGGUCAAAUGAACGCUACACUCUCCUUGACCCUAUUCUCUUCUUGACCCUAAACUCUUCUGAACGGUACUCUUUCCUUGACCCUACUCUCUUCUUGACCCUAGACUCUUCUGAACGCUACUCUCUCCUUGACCCUACUCUCUUCUUAACCCUACACUCUUCUGAACGCUACUCUCUCAUUGACCCUCUCUUCUUGACCCUACACUCUUCUGAACACUUCUCUCUCUCCUUGACCAUACUCUCUCUUGACCCUACUCUCUACACUACUCUCUCCUUGUCUACUCUCUUCUUGACCUACACUCUUCUGGUACUCUCUCUUGACCCUACCCUCUUCUUGACCCUACACUCUCCUGAACGCUUCUCUCUCUCCUUGACCCUACUCUCUCCUUGGCCCUACUCUCUUCUUGACCCUACACUCUUCUGA